GUCUUCCACGUCAAUCUCGGCCUAGCUUUGCAUGUUUUGGGUGGUUGCGGUGGAUUUGAUCGGUUUUAUCUAAAUAUUUAAGUUAAAAGUAGUGGAAAAGUUGGAAAAACUCCAAAGAGUAACUAACUUAAGUUAUCUUGAGUCUUAAAAUUAGUAAAAUCAUGGCUGUCCCGACUUCGGUUUCUCUGGUUCUGGCCUCGGUCACGGCCGUGCUGAUCUUCUCCGCAAUGCAGAUGUACCGACCGCUGAUCGCUUCGUCCCAGAUGGCCACAAUCUUCGGAGGAUUCCUUGGUUCUUGGCUCUUUAUUUUAUCUCUUACGGCCGUUUCCAACCUCGAAACCGUCGUGCUAGGAAAGGGAUUCCAGGCUAAGCUGUUCCCGGAGGUGGCCUUCUGUCUGAUCGGGUCGCUGUUUGCCUGUGGAAUGGUUCAUCGAGUUUGUGCUACUACUUGCAUUCUAUUCUCAAUUGCGGCUCUGUAUUACAUCAACAAAAUUUCACAAAAGGUGCACAAUGCACCGGUUGUUGUGGACACCUAUGCCGGCAAGAAGAAGAAGAAGUAAGCGAGAGAGACAAGACUGCAAUUCCAAAGCUGCGUGGAAUACCUAGUUACUUGGGAAGAGCGUACAACAGUAAACUGAACAAAAUAUCUCAAUAGCCAUCGCACACAAUGUACUGUCUCGUGGUAACGAUUAAGAUUACUAAGCACCAAAAUUGUACUGUUUAAAAUAAAAAAAUAACAUGACAAAAUCAUCA